AUGAGAAGGUGAGAAAAUAACUUUUCUUUUUCUAGGAACCCAAUUCAAUAAUUUGCAGGUCAUAGAGAUCAUAAUUAAACUGCACUGUCGUUUUUAAAGUCUAUUUGAAGGUUUUUUUGACAAAUUGUUUUAUUGAUUUAGUACGUCUGUUACCAACAGUGAGAUUUGUUGAGGAAAUAUGUUAUACUGUCAACAGCUCAGAGAUGCAAAUCAAGCAUGAUACAUUCAAUACAGUGAGACAUCUUGAUGCUACACUCUGUGUCCUCUCUAAUAGUAUUAUGUCUGAAUCACUUCAGAUAUACUCAAAAACAUAUUCAUAAAUGGUUGAACAUAAAAUAAAUGGUUGAUUAUUCAAAGCAUAUUACCACAGGUUAUCUUGUUGUGUAAAGUAUUGUAUUGCAUUUUUUAGAACAAUGUUUCAGUGAAAGGCAAUAUUUAGCAGUAAAACCAAGUGCACCUUCUCCAGACAGUUAAUUGUAAAUGAUCUGGAGUUCAUGUCCCGGAUAGGAGCAUUAAUGUAGGCUAAAGUGGAAAUGUGAGAUUCUUUAGUUUUAGUUUUUAAUGAAUAUUAAUCACCAUAGAGCCUUAGAAUCCUUAAUUUUUCUUUUUUCUUUUAUUUCACCUUUAUUUAACCAGGUAAGCCAGUUGAGAACAAGUUCUCAUUUACAACUGCGACCUGGCCAAGAUAAAGCAAAGCAGUGCGAAAAACACAACAACAACACAGAGUUAAAUAUGGAAUAAACAAAACGUACAGUCAAUAACACAAUAGAAAAUCUAUAUAUAGUGUGUGCAAAUGUAGUAAGUUAUGGCGGUAAGGCAAUAAAUAGGCCAUAGUGCAAAAUAAUUACAAUUUAGUAUUAACACUGGAGUGAUAGAUGUGCAGAAGAUGAUGCGCAAAUAGAGAUACUGGGGUGCAAAUGAGCAAAAUAAAUAACAAUGUAAAUAACAAUAUGGGGAUGAGGUAGUUGGGUGGGCUAAUUACAGAUGGGCUGUGUACAGGUGCAGUGAUCGGUAAGCUGCUCUGACAACUGAUGCUUAAAGUUAGUGAGGGAGAUAAGAGUCUCCAGCUUCAGAGAUUUUUGCAGUUUGUUCCAGUCAUUUGCAGCAGACAACUGGAAGAAAUGGCGGCCAAAGGAGGUGUUGGCUUUGGGGAUGACCAGUGAGAUAUACCUGCUGGAACGCAUACUACGGGUGGGUGUUGCUAUGGUGACCAAUGAUCUAAGAUAAGGCGGGGAUUUGCCUAGAAGUGAUUUAUAGAUGACCUGGAGCCAUUGGAUUUGGCGACGAACAUGUAGUGAGAGCCAGCCAACGAGAGCGUACAGGUCACAAUGGUGGGUAGUAUAUGGGGUUUUGGUGACCAAACGGAUGGCACUGUGAUAGACUACAUCCAAUUUGCUGAGUAGAGUGUUGGAAGCUAUUUUGUAAAUGACAUCGCCGAAGUCAAGGAUCGGUAGGAUAGUCCGUUUUACGAGGGCAUGUUUAGCAGCAUGAGUGAAGGAGGCUUUGUUGCGAAAUAGGAAGCCGAUUCUAGAUUUAACUUUGGAUUGGAAAUGCUUAAUGUGAGUCUGGAAGGAGAGUUUACAGUCUAACCAGACACCUAGGUAUUUGUAGUUGUCCACAUAUUCUAAGUCAGACCCGCCGAGAGUAGUGAUUCUAGUCGGGCGGGUGCAAACAGCGUUCGAUUGAAGAGCAUGCAUUUAGUUUUACUAGCGUUUAAGAGCAGUUGGAGGCCACGGAAGGAGUGUUGUAUGGCACUGAAGCUUGUUUGGAGGUUUGUUAACACAGUGUCCAAUGAAGGGACAGAUGUAUACAAAAUGGUGUCGUCUGCGUAAAGGUGGAUCUGAGAGUCACCAGCAGCAAGAGCGACAUCAUUGAUAUACACAGAGAAUAGAGUUGGCCCGAGAAUUGAACCCUGUGGCACCUCCAUAGAGACUGCCAGAGGUCCAGACAACAGGUCCUCCGAUUUGACACAUUGAACUCUAUCUGAGAAGUAGUUGGUGAACCAGGCGAGGCAGUCAUUUGAGAAACCAAGGUUAUUUAGUCUGCCAAUAAGAAUGCGGUGAUUGACAGAGUCAAAAGCCUUGGCCAGGUCGAUGAAGACGGCUGCACAGUACUGUCUUUUAUCAAUCGCGGUUAUUAUAUCAUUUAGGACCUUGAGCGUGGCUGAGGUGUACCCAUGACCAGCUCGGAAACCAGAUUGCAUAGCGGAGAAGGUACGGUGGGAUUCGAAAUGGUCGGUGAUCUGCUUGUUAACUUGGCUUUCAAAUACUUUCGAAAGGCAGGGAGGAUGGAUAUAGGUCUGUAACAGUUUGGAUCUAGAGUGUCACCCCCUUUGAAGAGGGGGAUGACCGGGGCAGCUUUCCAAUCUCUGGGGAUCUCAGACGAUACGAAAGAGAGGUUGAACAGGCUAGUAAUAGGGGUUGCGACAAUUUCGGCGGCUAAUUUUUUAGAAAGAAAGGGUCCAGAUUGUCUAGCCCAUCUGAUUUGUAGGGGUCCAGAUUUAGCAGCUCUUUCAGGACAUCAGCUAUCUGAAUUUGGGUGGGGGGGCAUGGGCAAGUUGCAGCGGAGGGUGCAGAGCUGGUGGCUGGGGUAGCCAGGUGGAAAGCAUGGCCAAGGGAAUUCUCGAUUAUCGUAGAUUUAUCGGUGGUGACAGUGUUUCCUAGCCUCAGUGCAGUGGGUAGCUGGGAGGAGGUGCUCUUAUUCUCCAUGGACUUUACAGAGUCCCAAAACUUUUUGGAGUUAGUGCUACAGGAUAUACAUUUCUGUUUGAAAAAGCUAGCCUUUGCUUUCCUAACUGAUUGUGUAUAUUGGUUCCUGACUUCCCUGAAAAGUUGCAUAUCGCGGGGGCUGUUCGAUGCUAAUGCAGUACGCCACAGGAUGUUUUUGUGCUGGUCAAGGGCAGUCAUGUCUGGGGUGAACCAGGGGCUAUAUCUGUUCUUAGUUCUGAAUUUUUUGAAUGGGGCAUGCUUAUUUAAGAUGGAGAGGAAAGCACUUUUGAAGAACAUCCAGGCAUCCUCUACUGACGGAAUGAGGUCAAUAUCCAUCCAGGAUACCCGGGCCAGGUCAAUUAGAAAGGCCUGCUCACUGAAGUGUUUUAGGGAGCAUUUGACAGUGAUGAGGGGUGGUCGUUUGACCGCGGACCCAUUACGGACGCAGGCAAUGAGGCAGUGAUCGCUGAAAUCCUGGUUGAAGACAGCGGAGGUGUAUUUAAAGGGUAAAUUAGUCAGUAUAAUAUCUAUGAGGGUGCCCAUGUUUACGGAUUUAGGGUUGUACCUGGUAGGUUCCUUGAUAAUUUGUGUGAGAUUAAGGGCAUCUAGUUUAGAUUGUAGGACGGCCGGGGUGUUAAGCAUAUCCCAGUUUAGGUCACCAAGCAGUACGAUCUCUGAGGAGAGAUGGGGGGCAAGCAAUUCACAUAUGGUGUCCAGGGCACAACUGGGGGCUGAGGGGGUUCUGUAGCAAGUGGCAACAGUGAGAGACUUAUUUCUGGAAAGGUGGAUUUUUAGAAGUAGAAGCUCAAACUGUAGAUUGCAACUCCGCCCCCUUUGGCAGUUCUAUCUAGAUGGAAAAUGUUGUAGUUCGGAAUGGAAAUGUUGGAAUUUUUGGUGACCUUCCUAAGCCAAGGUUCAGACACUGCUAGAACAUCAGGGUUGGCAGAGUGUGCUAACGCAGUGAAUAACUCAAUCUUGGGGAGGAGGCUUCUAAUGUUAACAUUUUACAUUUUAGUCAUUUAGCAGACGCUCUUAUCCAGAGCGACUUACAGUUAGUGAGUGCAUACAUCAUUUUUUAUACUGGCCCCCCAUGGGAAUCGAACCCACAAACCUGGCGUUGCAAACGCCAUGCUCUACCAACUGAGCUACAUCCCUGCCGGCCAUUCCCUACCCUACCCUGGACAACGCUGGGCCAAUUGUGCGCCGCCCCAGUGCCUUAGAUCACUGCACCACUCGGGAGGUAUGCAAGAAACCAAGGCUUUUACGGUUACAGAAGUCAACAAAUGAUAGCGCCUGGGGGGUAGGAGUGAUACUGGGGGCUACAGGGCCUGGGUUAACCUCGCCAGAGGAACAGAGGAGGAAUAGAAUAAGGAUACGGCUAAAGGCUUUAAGAACUGGUCUUCUAGUGCGUUGGGUACAGAGAAUAAAAGGGGCAGAUUUCCGGGCGUUGUAGAAAAGAUUCAGGGCAUUAUGUACAGACAAGGAUAUGGAAGGAUAUGAGUACAGUGGAGGUACACCUAAGCAUUGGGUAACUAUGAAAGAGAUAGCAUCACUGGAGGUACCGAUUGAGCCGGACUCUGCGUGUAUGGGGGGUGGGACAAAGGAGCUCUCUGAGGCUGGUUGAGCAGAACUUGUGGCUCUACAGUGAAAUUGUAUAAUAAGAACUAACCCAAACAGCAAUAGGCUAGGCAUAUUGACAUGGGAGAGAGGCAUAACGCAAUCACAGGUAUUAUUUGAGAGGGCUGAGACAACAACUGGUAAUGGCGACGAAAGUUUGGGCUGAGGCUAAAUGGAUAAACAGGAUGGGGUACCGUGUAAAGGAACAGUCCAGCAGGCAUUAGCUGUGUAGCUGAGUGAUCAUAAGGUCCAGUGAACAGCACUAAGUAAGUCCGGGAGCAGUUCGUAGGCUGCUACAGCACAGGCGAGCAGAAGGCACGGCAGUUGAUUGCGUGUGCUAGCGGGCCGGGGCUAGCAGAUGGAUCUUCGUGGUCGUCGCAACGGGAAGCCUGUUGAAACCACAUCAGACGAUUACGUUGGCAGACCAGUCGUGAUGGAUUGGCGGGGCUCUGUGUCGACACUAGGAGGUCCCGUCCGGUUGACAGAGAGGUAGAUAGCCGGGAGAUGGGCCUGUCUCGAGGCUGGCUCAAGGCUAACUGAUACGUCGGGACAGUGGUGAUUAGCCAACAACAGCCAUUCGGUUGCAGCUAGCUAGUUGCGAUGGUCCGGUGUUAAGGUCCAGUGAUUCAGUGAUUCCGGCAGAAAAUCCGAUAUGCUCUGGGUCGAUAGCACGCUGUGCAGACUGGCCGACAAUUGUCCAGGCUAGAGCUGGCUGGUAGGUAGUGCAGGCCACGGACAGUGGUGAAGACCGCUAACGGUGGCAAAUAGCAAGUAGCUAGUUAGCUGGCUAGUUUCAGCCGUAGGUUCUUGAUAAAAAUAAAGAAAUAAUAGAAUCCGUUCCACAUUGGGUGAGGCGGGUUGCAGGAAAGUAUAUUUAGUUAAAGGAUGGAAAGUUAGAGAGAGAAAUAUAUACGAAAAAAAAAAAAAAACAGGCUAUUUACAUGAGGACACAACAGAAUACACGACCGUACUACUACGUCAUCUUGGAGACCUGACUAAAAGAUGAAUAUGUUUUUACUCGACUAUCAAAGGAACGUUGUCCUAUUCAUCCUUCAGGAUAAUCAGUGAGGAGAAAAUAUCUAGCUUGUGUUUCUAUCCCUGAGGAUUCCCAUUGUUACCACUUCAUAUAAAUCAAUAUGGAUAAAUAAAUUACUUUGAGCCUUUGGGACUUGUGGUAUUGCAAAUGCUUGUGUGACUGAGAAAAGUAUUCUACUAAACUCCUGUAGUCAACAUGGCUUGGGAUGGGGACAGAUUUACAGAUUGCGCAAUAAAAAUGUAAAGGUAAUUUCCGAUUGAGCCGACAUAUGCAGCGUCUACCAUGAAUGCAUUCUCCGCUGACGCGGGAGCUUUUAAAUUUCAAUCUCACUGUAACGCUGAACUUCUGCGAUACAGAUUGAAUAGAGCCAGAUUAAAACAUUAUUUUCUAAUUUAACCUCAAAAGGUCAAACGUGUGUGUAGUUGGCCUUACAGACUUCCCUUGGACAGGGAAAAAUAAAAGCUUCUCCAAGGAUUAUUGAGACCUGACCUCUCCAAAGAACAGCAUGGGUUUUUAAUGUCAUUGUCUUCUGUGGUCAGGCCCAUGGAAGUGAUGGCCUAUGGCUCCCAGGGUAGAUGCUAAACUAACAGGUCUCAGAUUGCAGGCAGUGUACUCCUGGGAUCAGUCCUCCGUGACCCUGCAGAGAGAGGACUUGUGAUAAGGGUCGAUAUUGGAAGCUGUGUAAACCUUGUUAAGCUUUUCCCCCCUGCGAGCAGGGGUAAUCCCAAACACCUGGGCUGGUUAACCGGGAUCAGGUGGGAUUAGAGAGGAGGGGGCCAUAGAACCCACUCUGCCCCCACUUCACUCCGCAGUUCCCUGUUUUAAUCAAGCCCAUAAUUUCACUUUUAUGAUAAUAUUUUAUAAAAGAUUGGGAUUUUUACAUUAUCCUUUAUUCAUAAAGUAUUGAAAUUGAUCUCAAACUAAUAUCCUAUUUUUCCUGAGUUUAUACGAUUUCCUGAUCACAUCCCUGAUUAUACUUUUCUGGACUUCAUCCUUCACUCUAACCUAACUCUGGUCCAUGACCAUGGCAGAGGGCUAUCUAUCCUACCAUCCCAAUGAAAACAUUGACUUUUUACUCAAUUUCUUGACCCGUGUAUCAGAGGUACAGGUUAUCCAAGCCAGCAGCCAGUCAAACAGAGGUUCAUCACAGGUCAAUCAAUGAUAGACUGUUUAUUUACACGUUAUAGUAAUUAGUCAACUGCUUGUUUAUUGUUAUGAAGCAAUCGGUUCUUCAAAAACGCAUGAAUUAACUGUUUAUUUGUACAAGGGUUUCCGAGAACUAUUAAGCUGUCAAACAUACCACAGUGUAGCGGGGUUUAUUGAGCUGAGUUGUUUUGUCUUUAUCAAGUGUGACUGCUUCUAUUCUCAUGGUGGUCUGUCUGUCUGACAAGGUACUUUACAGGGGUUGUAUAUCCACAGUAAACAUCCUAUAUGGUGAAUACCUUGUCAGAUUGAUGAUUGACCCUCCUCCCCUAAUGUACACUACAUUAGCCACUUGGGGAAAUUAAACAUUGUUAGUUGUUAUUGUCCUUAGACGUCACUGUUCCCUCCAUCUCUCCCUCUCUGUCAGAUGUGGACGAGUGUGCAGAGCAAAUUGACAACUGCAGCAUCGAUGCCAUCUGCCAGAAUACGCUCAAGUCAUACAAAUGUAUCUGCAAGUCAGGCUACAAGGGGGAUGGCAAGCACUGCGAAGGUAAGGUGUCAGAGACGCACACACACACACACACACACACACACACACACACACACACACACACACACACACACACACACACACAAUUUUAUACUUUACAUGUCUUAUUGGCUUUAAAACUUUAAAGCUGGAAUCCUUCAUGGGGAAACUGCCACAUCCAUUUGGGAUAUUACAACAACAAAGAAGUUACUGCAAACAACGAACACUGUUUUUUUCCCUCUGACAUCAUUGCAUGCCCGAUAGAACAGCAGAAUAUGUACUGCAAUUUGAUUUACCACACUGCUCGACGCACCUCACCUCUGUUUCGUCCACAAAACAAAAACAAUAAUAAAGGUGCUGGGGCGGACAGUGGCGCUGUUUUCCCUAAUCCAUCUUUAAAUCCCAAACUCACCUGAAGAGUGAGGAUAGAGAUGCUGUGUAAAAGGAGAGAGAGGACAGAGAUGCUGUGUAAAAGGAGAGAGAGGAUAGAGAUGCUGUGUAAAAGGAGAGAGAGUAUAGAGAUGCUGUGUAAAAGGAGAUAGAUGAUAGAUGCUGUGUAAAAGAGAGAGAGGAUAGAGAUGCUGUGUAAAAGGAGAGAGAGGAUAGAGAUGCUGUGUAAAAGGAGAGAGAGGAUAGAGAUGCUGUGUAAAAGGAGAGAGAGGAUAGAGAUGCUGUGUAAAAGAGAGAGAGAGGAUAGAGGUGCUGUGUAAAAGGAGAGAGAGGUUAGAGAUGCUGUGUAAAAGGAGAGAGAGGAUAGAGAUGCUGUGUAAAAGGAGAGAGAGGAUAGAGAUGCUGUGUAAAAGAGAGAGAGGAUAGAGAUGCUGUGUAAAAGGAGAGAGAGGAUAGAGAUGCUGUGUAAAAGAGAGAGAGAAGAUAGAGAUGCUGUGUAAAAGGAAAGAGAGGAUAGAGAUGCUGUGUAAAAGAGAGAGAGAGGAUAGAGGUGCUGUGUAAAAGGAGAGAGAGAGAAAAAAAGACAGGUGCAGCCGACUGCUCUUUUGUGUCAAAGAUUAAAUGAAGCAGUACAUUUCGUACACGUUAGAGAAGAGAAUUAAGAUAGCGGUUGAAAAAGCAAUCAGAGGCCUCUGUCUGCCAAGAAGUCAGGAAAGUUUCCAUAACCCUGUUUUUGUAGUAGGGAGUGUUCAAAGCCUCUGGAUCGUUAUUUCCCCCUGUUUUUAUUAGUAUUACUGCAGAACCAUAUUCACAAUGUCACCCCCCUAAGAUUAUUCUUAAAUGUAUUUGAUUGUGUUUUUCAUGGCUGUUUGCCUUCAGGUUAUAAGUGCCCACUUGAAAGUCUAAACUGAGGAGAGAGUAGAGCGCUGAUGCCUGAAAGAGUCUGUGCCUCUCUCUCUUCAUUAGCAGCAUGUCUGUAAAGACUCCUCAAGGCAGAUAAACACCAUAAGUGUAGUUGAUGGCCAUGAGCUGCCUGCCUCUCCUAUACUGACUGUGGUAAAUAAUCAUAGCAGGUAUAAGGCAGUGCAGUACAGCACAUGGCUGUUGGUCCUGCCCAGGUUUCUACACAGCGAGUUGUUAUUGACUUUACCUGGUUUAAACUAAGGACAGGAGGAGUAUGGCCUGAAAUAAAAUGUAUGAUCGCGAUUUGGUUGAAUCUCUUUGCCAAUCAUCAGAGUUUACAUUACUGUGAUUAUUGUCAACUGUUAACCGAUCCGUAAUGAAACCAUUGACUAGUAAGAUUUUUAAAAAAUUGUUAUUACAUAAAUCAUUUUCAAAGACAAACCUGCUGUUUUCUGCUACGGGCAACAAAUCUGGUAUUACUGAAACAAACCUUAAACCCUGGCAAAACAUGGGCCAAUGGGUUCAGCCGCUUGUACAGUUGAAGUCGAAAGUUUACAUACACUUAGGUUGGAGUCAUUAAAACUCGUUUUUCAACCACUCCACAAAUGUAUUGUUAACAAACUAUAGGUUUGGCAAGUCGGUUAGGACAUCUACUUUGUUCACAAGUAAUUUUUCCAACAAUUGUUUACAGACAGAUUUGAAAAAAUUAUUGUAGACCUCCACAAGUUUGGUUCAUCCUUGGGAGCAAUUUCCAAAUACCUGAAGGUACCACGUUCAUCUGUACAAACAAUAGUACGCAAGUAUAAACACCAUGGGACCACACAGCCAUCAUACCGCUCAGGAAGGAGACGCGUUCUGUCUCCUAGAGAUGAACGUACUUUGGUGUGAUAAGUGCAAAUCAAUCCCAUAACAACAGCAAAGGACCUUGUGAAGAUGCUGGAGGAAACAGGUACAAAAGUAACUAUAUCCACAGUAAAACGGGUCCUAUAUCGACAUAACCUGAAAGGCCGCUCAGCAAGGAAGAAGCCACUAUUCCAAAACCGCCAUAAAAAAAACUGACUACGGUUUUCAACUGCACAUGGGGACAAAGAUCGUACUUUUUGGAGAAAUGUCCUCUGGUCUGAUUAAACAAAAAUAGAACUGUUUGGCCAUAAUGACCAUCGUUAUGUUUGGAGGAAAAAGGGGGAGCUUGCAAGCCGAAGAACACCAUCCCAACCGUGAAGCAUGGGGGUGGCAGCAUCAUGCUGUGGGGGUGCUUUGCUGCAGGAGGGACUGGUGCACUUCACAAAAUAGAUGGCAUCAUGAGGAAGGAAAAUUAUGUGGAUAUAUUGAAGCAACAUCUCAAGACAUCAGUCAGGAAGUUAAAGCUUGGUCGCAAAUGGGUCUUCCAAAUGGACAAUGACUCCAAGCAUACUUCCAAAGUUGUGGCAAAAUGGCAUAAGGACAACAAAGUCAAGGUAUUGGAGUGGCCAUCACAAAGCCCUGACCUCAAUCCUAUAGAAAAUGUGUGUGCAGAACUGAGUGGCGCAGUGGUCUAAGGCACUGCAUCGCAGUGCUAACUGUGCCACUAGAGAUCCUGGUUCGAAUCCAGGCUCUGUCGCAGCCGGCCGCGACCGGGAGACUCAUGGGCGGCGCACAAUUGGCCCAGCGUCGUCCAGGGUAGGGGAGGGAAUGGCCGGCAGGGAUGUAGCGCAGUUGAUAGAGCAUGGUGUUUGCAACGCCAGGGUUGUGGGUUUGAUUCCCACGGGGGGCCAGUAUAAAAAAAUAUAUAUAAAAAUAUGUAUUCACUAACUGUAAGUCGCUCUGGAUAAGAGCAUCUGCUAAAUGACUAAAAUGUAAAUGUAAACUGAAAAAGCGUGUGCGAGCAAGGAGGCCUACAAACCUGACUCAGUUACACCAGCUCUGUCAGGAGGAAUGGGCCAAAAUUCACCCAACUUAUUGUGGGAAGCUUGUGGAAGGCUACCCGAAACGUUUGACCCAAGUUAAACAAUUUAAAGGCAAUGCUACCAAAUACUAAUUGAGUGUAUGUAAACUUCUGACCCACUGGGAAUGUGAUGAAAGAAAUAAAAGCUGAAAUAAAUAAUUCUCUCUACUAUUAUUCUGACAUUUCACAUGCUUAAAAUAAAGUGGUGAUCCUAACUAACCUAAGACAGGGAAUUUUUACUAGGAUUAGAUGUCAAGAAUUGUGGAAAACUGAGUUUAAAUAUAUUUGGCUAAGGUGCAUGUAAACUUCCGACUUCAACUGUAUAUGCUGAGGUGGAAUUACAGCCUUUGCUAUCAUAACAUUUGCCUUGUGAUUGUGGAAGAAGAAGUGUGGAAAUUGAGAUAUUAGGAUAGCUGUACAAAUAUACUCUUCCUGUGUUGCUUCUCAGUUCUUUCUGCAACGGUACACACAUUAGAAGAUUACUCAAAUCAAAUCAAAUUUAUUUGUCACAUGCACCGAAUACAACAGGUGUAGACUUUGCCAUGAAAUGCUUACUUAUGAGCCUUUUCCCAACAAUGCAGAGUUAAAAAGUAAGAAACAUUAGCAAAAAACAAGUAACACAAUAAAAUAACAAUAACGAGGCUAUAUACAAGGAGUAGCAGUACCACGUCAAUGUGCAGGGGUACGAGGUAGUUGAGGUAAUUGAGGUAGUAUGUACAUGUAGGUAGCGGUAAAAGUGACUAGGCAAUCAAGACGGGGAGAGUGUGAAAGUGUGUCAAUGUGUGAGUGUGUGUGGCGUCAAUAUGCAUGUGUGUGUGUAUUUUGUGUUUGUGAGCGUAUGUGGUGUAUGAGUGUGUGUAUGUGUGUGUUGGAGUGUCAGUGUAGUAUGUGUGAGUGUGUGGGUAGAGUCCAGUGAGUGUGCAUAGAGCCAGUGCAAGAGAGUCAGGGCAACAAAAAAAACAAAAACAUACAAAGCCAUUUGAUUAACUGUUCAGCAGUCUGAUGGCUUACUGGUAGUAUAUGUAGUGUAUGUUUGUAAGCUAUCGCAUGUCUUUGUUAUCCCCAAGUCAUGAGUGAAAAUAUACUAUAAUUGUUUUAUGCAUAAGCAAUUUGAAAGAGUAGUUGAAAUACAAGAGGGCAAGUCUAAACUCAGUCCAAACUCAAAAUGGAGCAUCCAGUCCAACUAGCUGAUGUGUCUGUCUAUCAUCUACUCUCUAUCCCACGUCAGGUACAGGAUGAGGAUUAUUUCUAUUGGAGGCUAAAGGAGCUAUUGUCCCUCAUACGGUAAAGGGAUUAUCAUCUGCAGAGGCCUCAUUAUGACCGUAAUGAUGCGGAAACAAUCUGAUUUGAAUGACUGACACACACACCAGACGCUCCUUUUCUCCCUCACACACUCUCAUAUACUCACACUACACCAGCCCAGAGCGCCCUGUAGGUGAUGCUUGGAUAUACUGCAUUGCAUUUUAUAAACUGGGUGGUUCGAGCCCUGAAUGCUGAUUGGCUGACAGCCGUGGUAUAUCAGGCCUCCUGUAGCUCAGUUGGUAGAGCAUGGCGCUUGCAACGCCAGGGUUGUGGGUUCGAUUCCCACGGGGGGCCAGUAUGAAAAAUGCAUGCACUCACUAACUGUAAGUCGCUCUGGAUAAGAGCAUCUGCUAAAUGACUAAAAUGUAAAUGUAUACCACCGGUAUGAUUUUUAUUUUAUUUUUACUGCUCUAAUUACGUUGGUAACAGUUUAUAAUUUAUGGCCUGUGUCCAGGGACUCCGCGUUGCGUCGUGAAUAAGAACAGCCCUUAACCGUGGUAUAUUGGCCAUAUACCACACCCCCUCAGGCUGUAUUGCUUAAUUAUACUGUAUGUUUUUGCCUAUGUCUCUGCAGGUGUACCCAUACAAUAACACUAAGGUUGAGCAUUCUGUAUUCAACAUUAGAAUUCCAUUGAAAUACAUAAGCAUGUAUACAUAAAGACUGUUAGUGUUUCUACCCUGCUAAUAGAGGUCCUUAGAGUCCUGCUGAGAGAGGGGGAGAUAAAUAAAGCAUAACAGGGAGACAGGAUAAUAAUACAUAUUGAUGUACUAGUUCUAUAUGUGGUACUUGUUCUUCUGUUGCUGUUGAGUCCUGACUCAUGGUGUGUGGAGGGAACUUUGGUCCUUAGUGUGGUCUCAGGUGACGUGCUGCUCUGAGACACCCGUUGACAUGCUGGCAGACACGAGACUGGCACACACACCUUGGCAGUGGCACAGCCUCUGUCUGAGGAUGCCAAGGAGGUUGUCUGGGAGAGCAGGGAACAGGGAACAUGACAGGCUGGUUCAGAACCAUUCUAUCCACUCAAUCUUCUAGUCCAUCAGCAUGAGAACCACUGCACUGCAGCAUCAUGCCUCAGUGCCUGUUAGCAGUCCCCUGACCAAGUCAUCACAGAAACCGCUCUCUCUCAUUUUCUCUCUCUCUCUCUUUCUCUUUCUCCCCUCUCUCUCUCCCCCCUCCCUGCUCUCUCUCUCUUCUCUCUCUCUCUCUCUCUCUCUCUCUCUCUCUCUCUCUCUCUCUCUCUCUCUCUCUCUCUCUCUCUCUCUCUCUCUCUCUCUCUCUCUCUUGCUCUCUCGCUCUCUCUCUCUUGCUCUCUCGCUCUUAUUGUCUCUUCCUCUCUCUCUUGAUCUCUCUUUCUUUUAACCCCUAGAACAUUACUUAGUUUUUAUCUCACUGGUAUUGCCCAUGGAAUAAAUCCACCAGUUUGAUAGGAAUUUGAUGGUGCUGCAUUUAAUGUGAAUUAGUCAAAUUGGUCUGUAACAGACUGAAUAGUGAACAGACUGAACAAUGGUGUUGGGUGGAUAUAAUCAUGUUGAUCUUGAGAAAUGUCAGUGUUGUGAACAAGAGGGAGGAAGCCUCCUCUCGUUGAGGGAAUAAGAUGCUCUUAGCCUGGGGUAGAUGAGAGUAAGACUGGCAUUAGUGUGUCUCCUGUGUGACAUCAUGGGAUGGAGCAGCAGAACGUUGUGGUGGCAGGCAGCUCUGGGAGUUAGAGGGAGAGUGCACUGGUCCAGGCUCAGCCCAUUGCUGUCGAGUCAAAUCAAGCACUGAGGCAUCUGUACCAGGCAACUACAAAGAGGAGCCGAACCACCCAGAUCAUUGGCCCUAAAUGGGUCAGAAAAUAAGAGAUGGGGUGCAUCUCCAAUUCCGUCUGUCUCCCUGCCUGUCUGUCUCCCUGCCUGUCUGCCUCAGCUCCCUACCUGUCUUCCUCAGCUCCAUGCCUGUCUUCCUUAGCUCCAUGCCUGUCUCCCUGCCUGUCUACCUCCAUGCCUGUCUCCCUGCCUGCCUGUCUCCCUGCCUAUCUGCCUACCUCCAUGCCUGUCUUCCUGCCUGUUUGCCCCUCUGCCUGUCUGCCUACCUCCCUGCCUGUCUCCCUGCCUGUCUCCCUGCCUGUUUGCCUCCCUGCCUGUCUGCCUACCUCCCUGCCUGUCUCCCUGCCUAUCUGCCUGCCUCCAUGCCUGUCUCCCUGCCUGUCUGCCUUCCUGCCUCCCUGCCUGUCUGCCUACCUCCCUGUCUGUCUCCCUGCCUGUCUGCCUCCCUGCCUCCCUGCCUGUCUGCCUGCCUCUCUGCCUGUCUCCCUGCCUGUCUGUCUCCUUGCCUGUCUGCCUCCCUGCCUGCCUCCCUGCCUGCCAGCGCAUCACCAGAGCCUCUUCAGCCACCUCCACAACAGGCCACUCUACUCCUCUGUCAUCUUUAUGUUGCUCGCUGACUGGAGUAUUGGUUCAGCUGCACGUCUGCUUCUCCUCAGUAUUACUCAUGUCCUUUGCUUCUUUCUUUCUUUCAUUUUUCUUUCUUUCUUUCUUUCUCUCGCUCUCUCCCACUCCCUCUCCCUCUCCCCCCUCUCUCUCUCCCGCUCUAACUCUCUUUCUCUCUCUCUAUCCUACCAUCCAUCAUCUCAUCUAUAAUAUCACCUUGUGUUCAUGGCCACAUUCACAUUCCCCAUCCACACACUGUACCCCCAAUACACUUAAUGUACUGUACCCUCUCUGCCUGCUUCUAAAGUUUGAGAAAACUUCACUUACUCUGUCUGUCUACCAUUAUUUAUAGAACAUUGCAACACUGUAUAUUUCCCUUUUUAUCUUAUGCUCUUGGAUUUGUAGUACUUAUGCGGAUUUCAUGAGGGAUACAUGCACCAAUGUUUCGGACUAAAAUGCAAACUAUUUUUGAAAUAACAUACUCCUUAAACGUCUUACAGGUAGCUACGUUUGUCAUAUCGAUCUCUGAGUCCAAACAUUGGGUGGUGGGGUGCAGGUCAAACAUUAAAAGCCCAUAGUCCUAACUCAUCCCUCUGUCUCUUCCUCCCUGCAGAUUUAGACGAGUGUGCGAGUGAGUACAAUGGUGGCUGUGUCCAUGACUGCAUCAACAUCCCGGGGAACUACAGGUGCACAUGCUAUGACGGUUUCCGCCUUGCACACGACGGACACAACUGCCUCGGUGAGUGUGUGUUAGCUGAUGAUCAGCUUUAUGACAUUUUAGUCAUUUAGCAGACACUGUCAUACAGAGCAAUUGCAUACAUUUACAUACUGGUCCCAGUGGGAAUCGAACCAAUGACCCUGGUGUUGUAAGCACCAUGCUCUACCAACUGAGCUACACGGGAUCUUGUGUCCUUUCAGUCACUUUGCUUAGCAUAGCCCAAGGAGAGAACUAAAGUACUGCCUACAGAAGGUCCCUGAGUAGGAAAUGCCUGGUUUCCAUUCAACUGCACAUGUGCAAGUCCUAAACAUUGAACUUGAC